CCAGUUGCUCGGUAGCUGCCAGCGGAAGUUGUGUUUGUGUGUGUGACACACGUUAUUUUACUUGCAAUCCUUUUUAUUAUGCACUAUUCAUUAUUUUAGGCCACAGUCGCAAAUGGCUGAUUUUAACAACAGAUUUCAGAAUAGUCACGAACAGUUCAUCGAAGAAAGAAAGAAAAGAAUUCAAGAGAAACUUGGUCGCGGCCCAAAAUAAACUGGGAUCGUCAUCAAGCAUAGCCUCAAAUUUAAGCGGUCAAAGGUUUUCCUUACAUGUAGGAAAACGCCCAGGCUGUGCUGUAACAGACACCACUGCCUCCAAAGUUAUCAAGAAAGAGGCAGAUUCCCCACCAGCCAGUACAAGCACUCCCUGUGUCUCAGCUACACUCUUUUCCAACGAUGGUAACUUCUUGCAGCGCUUCAAACAGCUACAGGAGAUACAGGCUGCAGGAGCACCACAACCAGUAAAAGCUGUAAAAACAGAAUCUUCCAAUGAGCGUUUGUCUCUGCCACAGGCUGCAGUCACAGCUUUAGGAGCAGCAAAAGAAGGCCUGAAGGAUGACAGCAAAUCAGGGAUAUCUUUUGCCCUUUCACGGAGUACAAAGCCAAAGUCCACCCCGCCCAGGCCAGCCAUGACUGUGGCAGACGCGUUCAGAAAUGAAGAACAUGAAGCUCCUGUCUCUCCACCAGAAGAUGAAGACACCCUGAGCGCCAUUGAGAACCUGGCACAGGAGGUGGCGUGCUGGGGACAGGAGGCAGAACAAAAGGCAGCAGCUGAACAUCGCAGCAACCCAUUGUACUGGUGGCUUAAGGACAGCAGCAGUGACACCUACAAAUAUUAUCAGUGGCGUGUGGAGAAGUUGAAACAGAGAAUCAAAGAAGAGGGCAAUGAUGCUGAUACUGAGGAUGGACCUUCUUUUGAGGAAAACAGAGAAAGGGUACGUCGCAAAAAGAAGAGUCGUUGGGGCAGUGAGAGGGAUUCCCAGCUUAUACAGUCGAUCCCUGUUACUCCUGCAGCGGCUGUGGCUGGCAGGUCAGGUCUUGCUGCGCCUGGUGUUGUCACCAACGUCCAGCUUGGUCAGGGAGCUAUUGUCAAACCACUGCAUCCAGGAGGUCAUCCUACUCUGCAAGAUUUUGCACGACGUAUGGUUGGGAGUGAUACAAUCAAUGAAGAGCAGCUUAAGCAGAUCCGGGAGCAGAGAGAAAUGAACAUGAUGUAUGAGCUUAUCAUUGCCCAGAAGAAGGCCAAGGAAGCCUCACUGAUGACAGAGAUAGGUGGACUAAAGGUCAAGCCCAAAUAUCAGUAUGACUCUGAUGAGGACACAGAGGGUGGUACAUGGGAGCACAAGAAACGUCAGGUGGAGAUGGAGGCCACCAGAGAGUAUGCUGAAAAGCUGACAGAGGCAGGGCGAGGCAAGCAUUUUAUUGGAGACUUCUUACCACCAGAGGAGUUGGAACGCUUCAUGGAGACAUUCAAGGCUCUGAAGGAGGGGCGUGAGCCUGAUUACUCUGACUACAAGGAGUUCAAGCUGACAUGUGAAAACAUUGGCUACCAGAUGAUGCUUAAGCUGGGCUGGAAGGAGGGUGAAGGGUUGGGGUCAGAAGCUCAGGGUAUUACAGCUCCUGUUAACAAGGGCAACGUAUCUCAUGAUGGCCGUGGACUGGGAGUAGAGAGGCCUGCAGAACUGUCCAAAGAUGAUGAUGAAUACGAAGCAUACAGAAAGCGCAUGAUGCUUGCGUACAGGUUCAGACCCAACCCUUUGAACAACCCAAGACGUCCUUAUUACUAACUGGCUGGUGAUGGCAACAAUGAAGGUGGUUCCUUGUAUCCUGUGACUCCUUGUUAACGGCACCACUGUUCUUAUAACUGCGCUCAUAGACAUUUUCAUGUCUUAAGAUAUUUUAGGAAGCUGUUUUAGAAAUCUGAUUUUUACAAUUUGUGAUGGCAUAGCCAGUUGCCUCAUUUAUCAAAUUUUACAGUUUAAAUCAAUUGAGCUUCAUGCCUUGAGAUUUUUAUUUAAGUACUUGCACAGUUUGUGCAUUUAUGUUGAUGUGCAUGGUGACAAGAUGUUUUUAGCAUUUUAUUGGGGAAAGUUUUUAGAAACAACAUAAAUAGCACAUUUAUUUUUCAUUAUCACAUCAUUUUUUUUGCAUGAAACAUUUUAUUGGCAGCCAUUUUAGCAGACUUCUAUUGUUCCCUACUUGAACCUAUUUGAUGUUGAAUGUAAUGCUUAAUUUUAAAGGUUUUAAUGUUAAGGUUGAAAAGGGUAGUCAGUUUGCAAACUGUAAAUGACAACAAAAAGUAUAAGUUGUAGAUGAGGGCACAAAACUUUGUUCAGCUGUGGUUUAGUAAUUUUUGUUAAGAGCAUCCCAUGUGUAUUUCAUGGUUAUUUAGUAUUAUUACUAACCCUGUUUACUGCAUCUGUCCAUGGCCGAGUACUAUUGAUAAUAAUUUUACUUCUACAGUCUGUAGAAGGUACCAAAACCAGUUGAUCUCUUUUUGUAAGCCCUUGCAUUGAAAAAUGUUCCUUUUCUAAUAAAGAAACUUAAGAAACACUUGUGAGGCAUUUAGGCCAGUAGCGGCCAGUUUCGCUACAAUGGCGAGUGUACUGAGCAUAUGAAUAAAGCUGGCCAUAGGCAUGCAGAA